AUGACAACUGACGACAUGAAUAACCUGCAGAAUCUCAAUGGAGGAAGCAACACCAAUUUAAACACUCCAGCGGCAGAUGUCGAAACCUUAACAGCAAGGACUCGAGCAAUCCGUCCCCACAGAACCACAAAGAUUCGUGGGAAAAGACUCGAUUUCACAACUCCACUCGACAGGCCGGGAACGUCGCGGGAACGUCCUUCGGGUCAAAACCCAAGUGAAACAUCCCCUGCUGAGAAACAAAACUCUGAAAACCCUCCACCUCCCGCAUGGGACACAUUGAUUGAUGAAGUCGAGCCUAUCAACUUGGAUCCCAGAGACGUUUCCGACGACGCGGAAGAGGAAGCUGACGUACAUCCAAGAAGAACCAGAAGCCGUUCGGCUCGGGAAGACUCUCCGUUCGAUAAACCUAGGACAGAAGAAGAGGAAAACCUCUACUGGGUCGAACAAGAUGAGUUAGCCGAAAAACAAACAGAGAUCACUCACAGCAAAUGCCGACAAGCUCGGAAAUCUGCUGACGAAAAAUCGGACAUACGCGACCUUCGCGAUUACAUAACAAAAACUGCAGCAGAAGUAAGGGCCGUGAAAUCCCAGAUCCAUCAUGCUACCAGCGCCGCCCCAGAGAUCGAUACAUUACUCGAGGGAGCUCGGAAAACACCUUUCACUGCUCGCAUCUCGGAUACCAAGGUAUCUGACCCAGGAAUAAUCAACGUACCAAAAUACGAUGGUACGACUCAUCCUAAAGUGCAUCUUCAAGCCUUCCACAUCACGAUGGGAAGAGCCAGACUGAAGGAGAGCGAAAAAGACGCCGGCUACUGCCGUCUGUUCGUCGAAAAUCUGGAAGGAGCAGCGCUCGAAUGGUUCGCACGCCUUAAGCGAAACUCCAUCGAAAGUUUCUGCCAGCUCGCAUCAGAAUUUCUCAAACAAUAUUCUAUGUGCAUAGAUAGAGAAAUAUCUGAUGUCAAUCUCUUGAUUCUAUCCCAGAGAGAGGACGAACCUCUCUGUGAGUUUAUAAGCCGAUUCAAGCUGGUUAUGUCAGGGGUUACCGGAAUAAGCGACAAGGUGGCCAUAGACGCACUCAGAAAAACACUCUGGUACAAGGCGAAAUUCAGAAAACGGAUAACCCUCGACAAACCACGAACGACCCAAGACGCCCUUCACAAGCCGACAAAGAUGUCCUCGAAAGAUGCAGACCAAAAGACUAAGAAUAAAAAUUUUCGUAACGACAAAUACGUCCAUCAUGAGGGGGAAGAACUUCAAGGUGCGCAUAACUACGCAAUCAAACCGGAACAAGGCAGAACCUCGGGCAAUACGUGGACUCGGAAUCCAGGAUACGACAAAAACACCUUCUGCGAGUUCCACCAGACUCGAGGACACUCGACGACUAACUGCAAAGUCUUUGGAGCGAGGCUGGCUGCAAAGCUACUAGCCGGGGAGCUUUCUGAAUACUGCAAUGACACAAUCUCGGCCAUCAAGGCCUAUCAGCGAAAAGCCGAGUCAAGUGCAAAUUGGCCUACAUGGUCUCCUCCUCGAGAUGGUCAAAGCGACUCGAUAACUUUCACUGAAAAGGAAGCCGGCGGAAUCGAUCAACCCCACUGCAAUCCGCUCGUCAUAGAUCUCGUGGUACGAGAUCUGGAGGUCGCAAGAGUCUUCAUCGACACGGGGAGCACGGUUAAUAUUAUAUUCUGCAAUACUCUCAAGAGGAUGAACAUCGAACUCAAGGAAGUUACCCCAACACUGAAGCCAUUGACGAGUUUUUCAGGCGAAACGUCAAUGACUCUCGGAUCGAUCGAGCUACUGGUCUUGGCCAAGGAAGUUACCUAG